UUUCUGGACACUGCAGUGGAUUCGUUGGGGACUAAAUACAUUGAGAGAAUGCGAUGAGAUGCGGGUGACUACUACUUAUGCGGUGCGAGAAUGGUGUUGCACAAUUAAAAGAUGUGCUGCACAUGUCAAAUACGGAUGCUGGUCGAUGGAAGCUGAACCAGAUCUGUGUUUGCUACACUUGCUACUGUAACCGACCGCUUCAACAGCCGCUUCCGGUGACGGCCGACCAUCGGCCGGUGACAGAACAAAGGUGAUGGAUGGAAAGAAAUGAGUGGGGCUCUAGGCUUGUGGAUCUUUCGUUGGGUCUUGCAGCUCACCCACAAGUCGCCUCCCUAUGUCCUUGAUGUGCUCAUGAGGCCUUUACCUGAGCUCUAAGGACCGCGAUUGGCUGGAAACUACGGAAAUAUCAUUCGGGCAGGCGAUGGUAAAAGCGCGGGGGAUAGAAUAGU